GGUUUUGUAGACGGACCGGAAGCAUCAGACGGUCAAAUACAACUGAAAACAGGUUGAACUAGUCUGGGGUGUUUUUUUUUGUAAACCCACCACAUUUGGCUCGGCUAUGUCUCAGAAUGCAUUGAGGAGAUUAGCUACAGAAUAUUGUAGUUUUAUAAACAUAAGGAGGUUUUUGCCACCGCUCCAGAUUUGGGAGAGAAACCUGUCCGGUUCCGGUGGAGUGAAGGACGCUGGGAAAACGGCUUUCGACGUUUCUUUACUCGAGUUUCUUGUUUGUCCUCUGUCUAAGAAACCUCUCAGAUACGACGAAACAUCCAACGAACUAAUCAACGAGGAGCUCGGCAUUGCGUACCCCAUACUAGACGGCAUCCCGAAUAUGAUUCCUCAGGAUGCACGCCUGAUCAAGAAGACUGAAGGAGCUGAGAAACCGACUACGUCUUAA